AUGAAGUGUUUCCAUCUGAGCGGCUGUGAGAGGGGAGGGUACGACGGCGACGGGGUCCUGACUGUCCCCCGGAUCGGCCGAUUCUCCCUGUCCAGAUCCCAGAGCGUCGCCUCCAGCACCAGCGAGGCAAAGCUCUCUGCGCCCAACAGCGGCGGCAGCGGCGCCGGACCCUUCUCUGGCCGAGAGCUGGGGAGGAGGCUGGAGGAGCUCCGGGUUUUCGGGAUCGACGAGCUGAGGGCGGCGACCAAGGGGUUCAGCCGCGCGCUCGUGAUAGGGGAGGGUGGCUUCGGCUGCGUCUACCGAGGAGUCAUCCGCGUUCCGGGCGACAAGGACGGGAAGACGAUGGAUGUGGCGGUGAAGCAGCUUAGCAAGGGCGGGACGCAGGCAAGAUCUCUCUCCAAAGACUCGAACUUGUUCUGAUAUUCUGUCUUCCGCUCCAUUUAACCUCUUACUGUAUGUUUUCCUCCGAUCUUCUAAACGAUCGCAUGUGAUCAAACCCACCCAAGAAUCGCCCUUCUAAGAUCACCAAGCACUCGACAAAGCAACGUGUUCCCUUUCUAGGCCAAGAUCACCACCCCAAGAAUCGCCCUUCUAAGAUCACUAAGCGCUCGACAAACCAACUUGUUUCCCUUUAUAGGCCAAGAUCAUUCCAAACUCCGCCUAUUCGAGCUGCUAGAAAGUUAUCUACGCAUUGACUUAGCUCUCAUUAUUUUCGAAGUUAUUCAGAACCCGAUGCAUCUGGGUUGUGUUCCUUUACGCUAUGAAUUUCUCUGAACCCACCACCCCCUUUCCCGGUUCUUAAUGGUAUACGCAGGGGCACAAGGAGUGGAUCACGGAAGUCAACUUCUUGGGUGUCCUCAGCCAUCCCCAUCUCGUUAAACUAAUCGGCUACUGUGCCGAAGACGAUGAGAGGGGCAUUCAGCGGCUUCUCGUCUACGAACUAAUGCGCAAUAAAAGCUUGGACGAUCACUUAUUGUCUCGAGUCUCCACAAUUCUGCCAUGGCCGCUGAGGUUAAAAGUCGCCCUUGGCGCUGCCCGUGGCCUAGCAUAUCUUCACGAAGGGAUGGAGUCUCAGGUACUAGAGAAGAUCAGGGCCUGCUCUUCCUUGUUCUUGGAAGGUCUAACGCUAUUGGGUCUUCUGAUUGGCUGACCUUCUGUGGCUGUUCUGUAGCUUGAAUCGCUGACUUUUUCCUCUGAUGUGUUCUCCGAUUGUGUCCUGUUCUUGCAGCUGAUAUUCCGGGAUUUCAAGACAUCGAAUAUUCUUCUGGACAAGGAUUUCAACGCGAAGCUUUCGGACUUUGGGCUGGUUAGGGAGGGCCCCAUUGAAGACGAUGGGCAUGUUUCGACGGCGGUAAGAGCUCGGACAUUUGCUGCCAAAAAUAGGAUUCUGGCGUUAUUUCCUUGAUGAAAAUCUUGGCUUGGUGGAGAAAUAGAUUCACUGGGGGAGGCAUUCUCUGUCCUAUUUCCUCGAUGAUGAUGUCGCCUGUUCUCAUUUGCUCCUGCUUUAGUUGCCGUUGACUUUCUGCAUUCCCCUGUUUUCCUGUCCAGGUUGUGGGCACCAUCGGCUAUGCGGCCCCAGAGUACCUCGAGACCGGCAGGCUCACGUCCAAGAGCGACGUAUGGAGCUUCGGCGUCGUCCUCUACGAGCUCAUAACUGGAAGAAGAUCUCUGGACAGGAAUCUCCCCAAAAGCGAGCAGAAGCUCCUGCGGUGGGUCAGACCCUACGCCGCUGACCCCAAGAAGUUCCAUCUCAUCGUCGAUCCCCGGCUCGCCGGAGAAUACUGCACGAAAUCUGCGCAGGCGCUGGCGGCGCUGGCCGACAGAUGCUUGCAGAGACAGCCCAGGUCCCGCCCCAAGAUGAGUGAAGUCGUGGAGAUCCUGACGGGGAUCAUCGAGGCCUCGGACGUAGACUUUUCUGUAGCCCCCGGCAGGGGCGGCGCCGCCGCCGCCUCCGCCGCCGCUGAACCGUCGAGUCAACGGCAAGCGUACUCCGUCGGAGAGUCGACGCCCCACAGGGCGAGGUCGUCGACGCCAUUUUUGUACCGAAGCUGGUGGACCAUGGGAUUAUUUGAUGCGUGCCGCCCGGCGCACUGA